CUACCAGCAGGCAAUUACAUCAUUGAAUUAAAUAAUUGAUCCCAGCAAGGAUUUUAGAUACAUGAACUUGUGCCGUUCUUCUGAAAUCGUCGCAGCAUUUUUUUGUGUCAAAAGACAGAGAAACAAGAAUAGCAGAAGCGGAAUAUAUGAAGAGGAAGAUGAUGAUGAUGAUGAGUAUUGAGUAGGUAAAGUGAGAGAAGUAGGAAUCACAAUGGCUGUCCCUCAAACUCCAACCACAUCUCCAAAUCUGUAUCCACAAGAACUUCAGUUAAAACUAUAUCAGGCCUUCAUUUUCUCAAUUCCAAUCCUAUUUUCCAUCAUUCUCUUUCUCUUGUUUUAUUUGUUCUACCUCAAGCGCAGAGCUUCCUCUCUCUCUUCCCCUCCCCACUUUCUUCCCACCACUGCUCCUUCAACUACCUAUCAUUCCACCCCUUGUCGCUUGGAUCUGACGCUUCAGUUCCUCGACACUCUUCCAAAAGUUUUAUUUGAUGAAGAAUUAAAAGAAAAAGAUUCACAAUGUUGUGUGUGUCUGGGAGAAUUUGAGAUGAAAGAAGACGUAUUACAGAUCCCUCAGUGCAAGCAUGUGUUUCACAGAGAUUGCAUUUACCAUUGGCUCCAUUCACACUCCACUUGCCCACUGUGCAGAUGUUGUAUCAUUCCUCCCACCAAGUUUCUGAAUCCACCACCCCUUCCUCCACCUCCUCCUCUUGCGGACGAAGCUGCUUCUGCUUCUGCUUCUGCUUCUUCCAACUAAUAACGACACAUAUUGCAGUGGUGAUGGCUUAGUAGCUUGGUGAUAUGUAAGUUUUUCUUUGUAAGCGAAAUGUCACGGGUUUGUUGCAACUUGUAACUUUAGAUUGUAAGUGUCUGCCAUUGUAAUUCCAAAAAAAAAAAAAAAAAGAGGAGGAAAUAUAUAUUGUUACCUAAUGUCUCUUUCAAUUCCUCACAUUUCUCAACCUCUUCAUAUUUAUAAGCCUCCAUGCAUGCAUAGUUCAUCAAAUAAACCAACUCCUCUGUUUUCCCUUUUGAGCCCCUGCCUCUCAUCGUCACCAAAUUGGAAUUGGAAUUACUCAAAAUUGAGAAGUGCAGUUGAAUGAAGCCGGCAAAGAAGAGCAUCCCGUCAAGCCCAGUUCUGACCCUUUUUGGUGU